AAGAGAAGAGGGCUGGACAUGCAGCUUAGUGCGAAGGCCUGCAGUGUCCAGUACCAAAUAAACGAAUAAGGAACUUGUUUUCCUUGGAAAAUGCUACAUGCCAGGAGAGGGCUGCAGGGACACACUGCUCAUUCACGACUUGGCUGGCACUGUCCCUCACCGUCCCACCGAGGCCCACAGUGAUGGUCUUGCCAGGAGAGUACAGAGACAACCUCAGGACAGCUGGACCUGGUGGUGCACACCUGGAAUCCUGGGGAGACUGAGGCAGAGGCUUGCCUGGGCUACACAGUAAGACCCUGUCUUAAACACAACAAACCUCUCAACAAAGGAGUACAUCCAGUAAAUGCUGAGGGUGUGGAUGGAAGUGGCAUAAAGACAAGGCCCAGGGCCUGGGUCACUGGUGAGGACAGCCAGCAGCGGGGGAGCUGGGCUGGGGGCCUCAAAUAAGAGACGCCAUGGCUACAAGCAGCAGCCCUUAAACGGGUUUGACCAGUCGGGCUCUAAUGGGAUUUCCUGUCAUUGGGCAGCCCCUCCCCGUAGACUGGCCUUCUGCCCUAUAAAGGUUCUUGGGGAUCCCAGGCGCUCAGACUGGUGUGCCCUGUCUUUGGGGGCCAGCAGAUGGCCAUGAAGCUCAACUGGACGUUUGUGGGGGUCCUGAUCCUUUGCCUGUUUGCUGGAGGUGAGCCAGGAAGACUCCAGGAAUGGAUGCAGGGCAUCUCAGGCAUCGAGGACCACCCCACUCCUAGGUCCACAGAGGCCAGAGAAGAGGAGGACUCCCUACCUGUGCCUCAUGGCCCUCCUAUCCCUGGUGACCCGUGGCCGGGGCCACCCCCUAUCUUCGAGGACCCACCAGCCCCUGGCCCCAGCCAUCCCUGGGGAGACCUGCCUGACAGUGGAGUGUGGCCCCCCGAGCCCCCUAGCACUGAUCCCCCCCAGCCUCCCCGGCCUGAUGACCCUUGGCCAGCAGGACCCCAGCCCCCAGAAAACCCCUGGCCACCGGCCCCAGAGGUGGACCAUGACCCUCGAGAGGAGCCAGACCUGGACCCACCCCGGGAGGAGUACAGAUAGUGGGGAUCCCCAGGGAGAGAGCACCAAGCCCCUCUCCACCCUCCUGCUUCUUUUUAAACUCUCCAACUUUGUCUAACUCCUUAGUCCUCACUGCAUUUUAUCUUGAACUCAAAGGUGUCCUCGGUAGUUACUUUUCUGGGACCCACGUUUAGCCUGCACAUCCCCUCCUUUUUUCUUUGUCAUCAAAGCACACACUCCUACCUCACCCACUCCUCUCCUUGCCAUGGGACCUGGGACCCCAGACAGGGCCAGCCACACUGUGCUCCCCGUUGCCACCUGGUGGCCCGCGGCUGGACCCAACAGUAGACCUAAAUCACGGUGCUUCAGCAAAGUGGAAAGAAUA